UCGGCCUAAGUUUAAUAGUUCCCAUUGAGUUUUAUGAGUUCUCGAAUUUGGGCCGAUAGUACGGAGGCCCAUUACUGAAUAGUGGCAUGAUGGCCCACGUAAACAAAUAUUCAAACGGACGGCUGAUGCUAGAGAAGGCUAAAAUGGACGGUUCUGAUCUUAAUAGCUCUCUUUCUUCCUCACGAGCUUCGAUCCCGUUUAUUACUCGUAAUAAACGAUGCCCUUUUCUCCCUCGACUCUUUCUCUCUCGUCCCCACGCGAGGAGAUGAAGAGACCCCGAGCUCUCUCGCUCAUCCUCCUCUCCCUACUCCUACUAUGGUCGUCGUCUUCGUCCUACGCUUUCCAAUCCGAUGAGCUCCUCCCAGAGGACGACGAGGAGUUCGAAGGGCUCCGAUCCCCCAAUCUCGAGUACGUAAACCCUAGUCGGCCCUCUCCGAGUCGCCGGAGAUCCGAUCCCGACGCCUCCUCCUCCUCGGACUCGAAGGCGAUCCAGUUCGCGCUCGAGCACGCCUUCGGAGGCUCCGAUUUCUCCUCCGCGGGCACCUUCACAGCGCGCCUCAAAUCCUGGAGCCACGGUGGCCAGACUCUUACUAAGCUCCGAUUUACGAGGAAUGCGCUUACAGAAGCAGAGAAGGAAGCGUUCAAACGGUUGUUGAAGGACGACGACUUCUAUACAGUUAGAUUGCCAUCUAAUGUGUUGAACCCUACAGAAAAAGAUUAUGUCAUGUCCUCCGUUAGAGCCAGGUGCAUUCCACGGGAGAGUUUGGAUGAGCACUUCGUUAUUCAUACGGAGGGUGCAAAUAUUUUGGCUGUCAACUAUGGUUCUGCUGGAGCAUGUCAAUAUCCACGGUUACUGAAACUUCCUGAGAAAUGGUCAUUCAAUUCAUACACUGUCCUGAAGAAUAGUGAUCAAGCACCAAGAACUCCAACAUUUGCUGAACAAUUGAUGGAGGCCGAAAAUGAACUUGGUGAAGGUGUAAAACCACCUGAGAAGUCUUUCUGGGCUAAAUAUUGGAUGUAUGUAAUCCCCCUGGGUCUCAUUGUCAUGAAUGUCAUGACACAAGCCAUGAACAUGCCAAUGGAUCAGGCUCCUGGGCAGGGAGGUGCGCCAACACAGCAAGCGGCUGCACAACGAGCUCCGAACACUGCUGCCGUCCGGAGAAGAUGACUUUAUAUUCAGGUAUAGUUCGAUUCAGGCGGCCUAGGACUUUAUUACUAUGAAAUCUCAAUGUUGCGGUUAGAUUAAAUUUAUCUUAAAGAGAUGCAUACGAUCAUACCUACUUCUGUUUAGUUGUUUCAAUUAUUCCCACUAUUUAGCUGGUGGAACUGUGGCAAUUAGUUUUUCUUUUUUUCUUGUGUAUUUAUUUCCUAAUGAGCAAGUGUUGAAACAAUUUUUUUGGCUGGUUGGUGGAAAAUGUACCGCAACUUCAUAAUCCACUGCAAACAUUAGAAUGAGACACAGCUUAUUUCAAGAUUUAACAUUCGGUGAUUCCAUUCUCUAGA